AUGAACGAAAAAGAUCAAUUAAAUUUUGCUUUGACAUGUAAAUGGAUUUAUGGUGUUUUCAGAAUUUAUCAUGUUGGUUACAAUUCACCUCGUUGGGUUCCUAUCAAUUUUAUUUCAAACGGGGUUGACUUUGCUGCUGCUUCAUCUUCUCCGUUAGCUGCGGAUGACGAUCGUUUAGGAGAUCCAAGUGUACCCCCCGCGGCAAAUUAUCGUGAUGGUGUAUUAGUAGAUGGUAAAUUAUACCUAACAAUUCUUGAAGAAGAGUCACCAAUUUGUUGGAUCUUGGACUUUGACGAAAGAAUUCCGUUAUGUUGGACACGAGAAAAGGUUACUUUUGCCGAAUCCAUCUCAUUAUUUGAAGAUUCUAAUAGUGAAGUAUUGGAAGGUUAUGCUGAAGAUAAUAUUAAUGUUCAUAAACCUGAAAAGGUGUUAAAAGGCAAAUAUCAACCGUUGCGAUCAACGGUCGCUACAGCUAUCCCGCCAAUUAUUUAUUUAUUUGGUGGAGAAUGUUUAGCUACCGGAGAACCCAGUUGUACACUAUAUGAAUUGAACACGAAAAAUAUGAUCCUUAGUGAAGUAAUGGGUCAAGGUGGUGAUUUACCUCCCGCGCGUAAAAUGCAUUCUUUGGAUGUUAUAAACGAUCGUUGUUUGGUGUUAUUUGGUGGAAGAUGUAAAAUAAAUGAUGUUGAUAAUCCAAGAGAGUAUGAUACUAGAGAUUUUUAUAUUUACGAUAUAUCUACAAAGACUUGGACGAGUUAUCGGGACUCAAAUGUUCAUGUUCCUUAUCCUAGAUCCUUUCACUCUACUACUGUUAUAAAUUCUUCUUUAUACAUAUACGGAGGACAACAAAUAACGUCUACUUCAACACCUCAUUCUCAAAUCCACGACGAUGAAGAUUUAUGGUGUUUCACAUUUAGUCCGCCUGAAAAAUGGCAAAAAUUAUUUUCUCCAAGAAAUUAUAUUUCAACCACAUUCUCGUGUGGAAUUAGAGGAGAAUGGCAUGCCACUACUGGAAAGUGUGUAGGUAGAAGACGCGGUGCGGCAAUGUUUAGCGUUGGAAAUCGAGUUGCAGUUCUAGGAGGUUAUGAAAGAGAUAAUUGGAAAUGGUGCGUUAGUGAAAUCACUACAACCGAUGGAGAGGACGGUAUGGAUGGUGAAGGUAUUUCCAGAGAAAACGAAGAUGAAACAAGUGAAAGUAAUGAAGAACAACAAAAAUCUAUUAAAGCUAUAAAUAAAGAACAACAUAGAAGAGGAGUCAAGGAAGAGAUAAAAGAACGAAAACAAGUAAAACAAGAAAAACCUUGGGAAUUAUGCAAAUUAUAUCUACCUGAUAAAAAAAGAUGGGAUCAGGUUCAAAUCGUUGAUCUACCUGAAAUGGAGUGUGUCGCUAUUACCAAGGAUCAUACUAAUAAACCGUUCGAUGUUUUCAUUAUGGGUCGUAGAAGAGGAGAUACUGAAGAACAAGGAAUGAUUAUGGGGUGGAUUAAAGAACGUUUCAAUGUUUAG